AAAAAAUACAACAUAUACGAAGCAGUUACACAUCAAAGACCUUCGAUGAUUUCUAAUAGUAAUAAACAUAUUGUUCAAAACAAAGAUUUGCAAUUUAGCACAUAAUAAUAAGUCUUAAUUCUCAACACCUCAUCGAUCCGCGAUCAAAUAUUAAUCUAAAAUAUAUUGAAAAAGAAACGAUGCUAUCAGUUUUGGUCCUCGACAGUCAGCGUGGUUGUACGUUGUUCGCUCGUGCUUUCCGUGCGCAAGUCUGGCCAGAAAAUCGAUAAGCGAAAAGUGCUUAUAGGCAUCGAGCCUUUGUAGACCCCGUCGCCACCAAGUUAGUGAAUACGCACGACGGCGACGACGACGACGACGACGACGACGACGACGACGGCGACGGCGACGACGACAACGACGACGUCGUCGAGGAGAACGACCAUAGGCAUUCUUGAUGUGAAACGUGAACUUCAGUUUACCGUGUUUUUACACGCAAACAACUUCCCAAACAUCGGACCAAGGUGACCAGCAGGUGGGAAAGUUAUGAAGCCCUGCUUCACACCUGUCGUUAUUGUCUUGAUCCUGAUCGAGGCUCCCAAUUAUAGCGACAGCAUUAAUAGCAAUAUAUUGAAAUUAUGGGCGAACAAACUAGGCUUCGAGUUGUCGCAGUUGGGCAAGUACGUAACAAAAGUAGAGAGGUUCGAAGAAAGCUACAAGACGGCCGAAGUCACACCACGUGACGGAAAUGCCCUCGUCCGCGAGAUCGCUAAAGAUAUCAAAGCUAUGAUGGAGUCCAAAAUCUCAGCUAUCAAGAGAAUUAUGGAUGUGGCUGAACAGUCGGCGUUAUCAUCCCCAAACGAAGACCCGCCAGAAUCUUACGAAUUCAUCGACGCGAAGAACAAUUCCAUUGACCUCGAGUACAGUUCCCAGUUUGGCGGUAGUGUGAAUCUUAACAUGUCAUCGGUGCACGUGCCCACGAAUGUGUACGAGCGUGCGUCAGAGGUCAUCCGGGCGAUUAAAUGGUCCGAGGCCCUCGAUCGCAUCUUUAUCAAUAAUUAUGAGCAAGAUCCGUCGUUAUCCUGGCAAUACUUCGGCAGCGCGACGGGUUUCAUGCGUCAAUAUCCCGCCACGAAUUGGUACAUGGAGCCGGUGGACCUUUUCGACUGCAGAACGAGAAGUUGGUACAUCGAGGCGGCCACCAGCCCCAAGGACAUUCUCAUCAUGAUGGACACAUCCGGUAGUAUGACGGGUAUACGGCGGGAGAUUGCCAGACACGUAAUAAACAACAUUCUUGAUACCCUUGGUAACAAUGACUUCGUCAACAUCAUCACGUUCUCCAAUGAGACUAAAGAAGUAGUACCAUGCUUCAACGAUAUUCUAGUUCAGGCGAAUCUGGCAAAUGUGCGUGAGUUGAAACAAGCCAUUUCGCAACUCGAAACGGAAAGGAUCGCCAACUUCUCUCUGGCUCUGACAACCGCUUUUGAACUACUCGAGUCAUUCCGCACCGAACGAGAGGGUGCCAGAUGCAAUCAGGCAAUCAUGCUGAUCACUGAUGGUGUACCGUACAAUUACGAGGAGAUCUUUGAGGCAUAUAACUGGAAGGACAAUCCGAAAGAGCCGCUGAAAGCCGACAUGCCCGUAAGAGUAUUUACCUAUCUGAUCGGUCGGGAAGUUGCGGACAUGCGGGACAUGCAUUGGAUGGCUUGCGCCAAUAGAGGAUAUUACGUGCAUCUGUGCACUCCGGCGGAAGUAAGAGAGGAGGUGUUGAAGUAUGUACCGGUGAUGGCAAGGCCCUUGGUGCUGGGACGCACGGACCACCCGACUGUCUGGACGCCUGUCUACGCCGACGUGACAGAUCCGAAGAUAACCGACUGGAAGUGGGAACAACGCGAAAGCGAGGAGCAGCAGGAUCGUUUGCUGUUCUACCAUAAGUAUAAGAAGUAUAUGAACAUGGAGGAGCAGGAUCGACGAUACAUACAGCAGAUGCGGUACGAUCAGACCAGCGAAUUGCAGGAGUACAAACUAAUGACUUCGGUCAGCAUGCCAGUGUUUGAUCGACGCGAGAACGCGAACAUCACAAGGCAGGUGCUGGUGAACGAAGCGUACUGGGUGUCAGAGACAAGAGAGACGAUGAUCGCCAAUCUCCUUGGUGUGGCCGGCACGGAUGUACCAAUCGAAGAAAUCAAGAAACUGAUGAUUCCUCAUAUGCUCGGCGUCAACGGUUAUGCUUUCAUCGUGACCAAUAAUGGUUUCAUCCUGAUUCAUCCCGAUCUCCGACCAGUGUUUCAGGGUAUUUUAAAGCCAGCGUACAAUAGCGUUGAUAUGGCGGAGGUUGAACUGAUGGAUAAUGAUAAAAAUCCCAGAGAAUUCGACGAAGGAAUCAUCAUGUUUCGCAACGAUGUAGUAAAUCAGAUAAAUGGUAGCGUGACACUUCAUACAAAGUAUCAUUACGAUGACAUGAAACGUGUCGGCAGAGUAAAAAGGAAAUACGAUUACACGGGAAUAAUGAACACACCGUUCACGGUAGUGGUCAGUUUGCCCGAGUACAAUAACGCUGGAAGUUACCGGGUGCAUGCUACCGAGGAAAUACAUCGAUCUCACGUUAAAGGGAAAAACGUGACAGAUUACUUCGCGGGUCAUAACUGGCGGGUGCACCCCCAUUGGAUGUAUUGCAAGUAUCAUUACGAGGGUGAACACAGGUUCAACACCUCGGAGUUGCAGCUCCUACACUUUCUGGAGCGUACCCGCCUGCCAGGCUGGAAGUGGAUCGAUAUGAAGCAACGAUCCCAACCGCCGGAAUACUCCGCUACGAAUUCCAAUUUUAGCCCUCAUCCAAAUUCUUACAAGGCCGACAAGAACUCAUACUAUUGUGACAGAAAUCUGCUGCUCAGUUUGGUAUACGAUGCUAAGGUAACCGAAUGGUUUGCUCAGCAAACCUCAACAAAUCCCAACGCCCAAGGAGGACCUUUAGCUAGGCUGAUGAAUCAGAUGCCCAGGAAGCAAUUCAAUCAACGUUUUGGAGUGGUCCUAGCCUUUGUGGCCACACAUAGCGGGCUGACCAGAUGGCAGGAUUAUCUUCUAGUAGACGAGGAUAUGCCAUUACCGGAUAAUCAUUUUAGCAAGCUGUACCCUCGUGCCAUUGACGAAGUGUGGUACAAACGAGCAGUCGAACAAUACUACGUAAACCCGGACAGCUUCGUCUUUUCCGUGCCAAUCAAUGACACGGGUGCCGACAACACCACUCUAGUCACUGCCAGUCGUGCUGUAUUUGUCGAAAAGAAAGCACCGGCUGCGGUGGUCGGCUUCCAAUUUCAGCACACUGCCCUUCAAGCGCUUUUUCAAAAUAUAACGUUUAACUGCCCUGUUGAUGGUAAAUGUCGGAAGCACUGCGGUGAUGAUGAUUGGGCAUGUUAUCUUAUCGAUAAUAAUGGAUACGUAAUCGCUGCCGAGGACGAGGUGGACGCCGGUAGAUUCUUCGGCGAGAUCAGAGGUCCGAUAAUGGACAGUUUAGUCAAAGAAAAUGUCUUUGAAAGGAUAAGAAUCUUCGAUUAUCAGGCGGUGUGUUCCAAGAAUACAAGAACCAAUAAUGCCGGCAACUCCCUUCUUACCCCAUGGAAGCACUUCCAGAAAACAAUGUCGUGGGUAAUCAGUCAAGCUGCUUGGGCUUGGGCGAAAACGGGAAUAAUGGAUUCCGAUCACGCGGAAGCAUAUGGCUACAUUAGCGACGAUGAAUCAGCUAUUCAUGAAGAUGAUCACGACAGCGAGGAGAAACCUCUGCCAGUUGAUUCAAAGGAUGAAAGAUUUUUUGAUCCAAAUAUUUGGUUAAUCAACCGUACGCGUCCAGAAGUAUGCGAUCAAGAGGUACACUUAUACACGCGCAACACCUCAUUCGAUGCAUUCGAUGCGUUGGAUGCGGAUGAUUGCGUGAGACCGUACAUGGUGCAGCCGGUGGGUCAUAGCAAUAUGCUGCUAGUGGUGGUGAACAACAUGUGUUCUGAAACAACAUUUCCACUGUUGCGCGUCAAGCCUGAGGAGGUGAUCUAUGGGAACAACACGCUAGUUUGCCAGAAAGCGCUCGCUGGUCUCAAGCGAAAGCGACCACAAUCCUGUAUACGUUCGAACCCUCGCGAAAGCGAAAUCAAAAAACAGUGUGGCCUGGCAACAAAUGCCAGAUCGAAUUUGCUCCUUUUAAUAUUAUUGCUGGUGUGCGCACUAAAGGGCAGGAGUAUUUUCCUCCUCGGCUAAAAUCAAGUUGAUUUCACAGCCAAUAAUCAGUGUCAAAUUAGUCGACAAUGAAAUUCACAAUUCAAUACGUUGCAAAUAGAACAGACUCUUGCCUGACCGAGCGUGGAUAUUUACUAAAUUGUAUACCAAAUUGUCUUAUUCGGCGACCGGAAUUGCUAUAUGGCACAGAUUUGAACAAUUCUCCAUUUGAUUAUUCAUUGAUUUCUCCAAUCAAUGAAUUAUUCGUUUCUUCGCAAGGAAUCAUAGCUACAUUUGAUUUGAAAGAAAAAAGAAAAACCUAAAUAAAAGGAGAAUGUAAGGCUGAUGUCCCAUGGCGCGGAAAUCCACAGCGGAAUGGAAUGCGCGAACCAAAAGUAAAAGAACGUCACAGUAAAAGAACGAACAGAAUAAACGAGUUUUCUUUUGAUUCCUUCGCUGUGAUUGGUUUGCGCGUUCCGCUGGAUUUCCGCGCCAUGGGACACCAGCCUAAUAAGCAGAGAGAAAUGAUGAAAAUAACUAACUUUUCCUCUUUUUCCAAAAUAUGUUUUUUUGUAUUAAUUAUAUUUCGUGAUUCUCCAACUGUACAUCAAGUCUGUACAUGAAUGCUUUGAGAUAUUCUGUGCUCUCUAUUUUCUCUUAGUACUUUAAAUUUUUUGUGUGGGCGCAGAGAUGAAUUGUUCUAUAUGACGUUCUAUUAACGUGUUAUCCGAUCCUGCCCGGUACAUCCAGUUUCUACGCGAGUAAUAUGAUCAAUCAAAUGUGGCGAACGCAAUCGAUAUCAAAAUGUGUGCUAAGAUACAAAAUUGUCCUCCAUCGUCAUCGAUUGUCAAUUCAAAUUAGAUGAUCAGAAUUAAAUGCGCUUAGCGUAGAAUCGUUCGCUAACACAUUUUCGAUCAUCCCAUUUUCGACGUAGAUAGGACAAGUGAAUGGUAUGAAAUGGCUCUGGAUAUAUUAUAGAAGCAAUGUAGGCAGUUUAAAUAACUAACUCGUUGAGAUGUAGAUUUUUCUAGCUGUCGGAGCAGGGUCACGUAUUCACAUGGUACAUGUUUACACUACGAUGUACGUGCUUUUGUAUAUUAUAAAGUGAUUGCGGCGCAAAAAAGCGACGCGUCAUAUCUACAAAAGAUUACGAAAUGUUAAUUUUGUAUCGCUGUAUCAUACUGAGAUGCGUGUAUGUAUGUGUGUAUGUAAAAAGAAGUGUGUGCCUUUGUACACGCGAUUAAGAUAAAAAGAAGAAGAAGGAGGAAUACAAGGUCUUGUUGUAUGUUUAUCGAAUAAAUAUCGAACGUUCUAUAUAUUAUCGCUAACUCUAGCUCUCGAAUGAUGGCCUCGUCGUGAAAACGAGUUCCGUUCGAGGAACGGGGGAUGUUGUUUGUAUUACAUAGAGUUUAUUACAAUUUGCUAUGUACAGCUUGCCUAUGUAAAACGAGGAUGUUUUCGUAUCAAAAUAACUUUUCAAAAGAA